CAGGAAACGCUGUUGAAUAGGGGCAAGUCCAACGUAAAACUUAGCUAUCGCACACUGUGGCACACUGUGCGCGAUGGGCAGGUCAGUCUUGAUGGUUGAUGUUAUCUGAUUCUGAAGUGAGCUUCACUUGAGCAUUCUCUGUAUGGCGGCCAAUCUCGAAUAAAAUAUUCUGCUCGCCUCAAACAAUUCGUUUGAUAAUUGCUAAUAAAUGAGGUUUAAAAUAUUAUAUGAAAAUAUCUUGCCUCAGCCCAAGCCAAAGCAGAGCCCUGUCUUGCAGCUCGGAGACACUCUCCAUCCACAGAUCUGUAUAUGAGCUGCUAUGGAUGCCCUCAUGGCACCUCCGCCACGCCCUAACCCGGACAUCGGAAACCCUGCUGCCGGGCCGGUUGGGGGAGAUGGAUCAAAAGCUCCAACAUACACCGUUCCUCCGAGGAGGUUGGGCGCUGUCGAGCAUCCCAUGAUUAUCAAAGACCUCGACAAGGGCAUGAAGACGCUCGGCCAGCCUCAUUCCUUCAAAACAGCGCUAUAUUCGGCCAGCCCUCAAGUCUCUGUUCCGCUAUAUUUCCGUCCGGACAACCCAACCGUGCGGCCUCUUACGUCUCACAAUGCUCGCACCCACAAUGUUAUCUUGAAGGUUACCGUUCCCAAGCGGACCGGCAGAAAACGGAAGCGAGGCAGUGAUGGCCCCUUUGAAGGCCGCGUCCACGAGGCUGACGGCGCCGAGGUUGCCUCUCAUGCCCCGGAAGACGUCCGGUCCAGGGAGAGGCUUGAUCAGCCAAAGGUUCUCCGGCGCAAGCUCAUCGAUAACGUCGAUAAAUACACGAUAGAGCCCGUCGGGGUAGUCACCAAUACUCAUAGAUACAGAGGAUCUGCCGACUUCCAGUACUCAAUGGGCAACUCCCGUUUCAUGAACAAUUUCGUCGACACCAUCCUCUCCGGCUCCGUUCCCAAGCUCCGGCAAUUUUCUCUCACACCCGGCGUUGACAGGCCGCCAAACAUUGAACUCAUCCCGCCUCCCUUCUUCACCCCUAUUUCCAUGCCCUUCCCCUACAAUUACAGCCAGAACCCCCACGUGCGGGAAGUCGGCGGCCGAUCCGCCGCCUCCGACACGGGCCUGCUCUCCGCCGGCGACGAGUUCGACAGUCUCGUCAACACCACCUCCAGGGCGCCGGCCGCGGGCUACUUCCUCGGGUGCCGGGAGUACCCCGUGCCCACGCGGCCGCGCUCCGAGCCGAACCUGGACGACCCGCAGAUCACGGCCAUCAUGGAGGAGCUGCGCCAGGCGAUGGAGGAGCGGCCCGUCUGGACGCGCCGCAGCAUGCUCAACCGCCUCAGCGUGUCCUUUGGCCACCUGCCGAAGCGCGGGGCCCUGGUGCGGUACUGCAUGAACUACGCCGGCUACCAGUUCAAGGGCGGGCCAUGGCGUGACGCGCUGGUGCGCUACGGCGUGGAUCCGCGCUCGGACCCGAAGUACCGCAUCUACCAGACGCUCAUAUUCAAGCUGCAUAAGACGCACGUCGGGACCAUAGGCAGGUCGUGGCAGUCGGUGAGGCGGGAGGAGUUUGCCAUGUCCAGCAACUUCGGCCGCAUCUGGCGCGGGAAGGGGAACGGGGAGAUCUCGAGCCGGAGUCACGAGUUUGACGGCGAGCAGUUCAGCACCGACGGCAAGGUCUGGCAGGUCUGCGACAUCACGGACCCGCUGCUGGCGAAGCUGUUCGCCGAGUCAGACGUGCUCCCGGCCUGCGAUCCCGAGGGCAGCGGGUUCUACCCGAGCCCCGUGUGGGCCAUCGCCAAGGGCAUCAUGAAGCGCAAGAUGCUGGCCAUCCGCUUCGGGCGGACGCUGGAGGACGACGCUUUCGGCGCGGCGCUCCGGGCCUGCAGGGAAGCGUGCCGGAACGAGGAGCCGGCCAAUACUAUCAGCGUGCCCUUGCCGGACCUGAACCUGACGCUCGAGGAGAAGUCGCAGGUCAGCGGCAGGCGGUUCAAGGGCAACCGAAGGAGGAAAUACCGCUCAUCCAAUAAGGUGAGGGCCGAGUAUUCCGUGCACAAGAUCAAGAUGCCAGGCAUGGGGAAAGUGACUGAGCUCGAAUCUCCGGUUGGCGACUCGGGCGAUGCGUCAGAGGGCUUGGGACCAGAUAGAGCCAAUGCUCAGGGAGUCCCAGGUGAAAUGCUCCCAGGGAGUGACGAGGGUGACGAGGGCGACGAGGAAGAGGAGAGGGAAGAGCUCCAAUCUGAGGGCGACAGUCUCCAGGACCUGCUGGAGAGUGAUGAGGACGAUAGUGCGAUCGACAGUGAGGAAGAAAGCGAGGUAGAUGAUGAUAUCGAGGAGGAUGAGGAGGGUGUCGAUGAGGAGGUUGGAAUGGAAUUUGGAGAUGAAGAUGGAGAAGAGGAAGAAGAAGAAGAGGAAGAGGAUGAAGAGGAUAAAGAUGAAGGGGCGAGGUUGGUGGGUGAGGAAGAGGAUGAUAUCGAAGAGGAAUAUAGCGACGAGGGUGGCUCGCUGCGUUCGGGUUUCGAUGACGAAGUCGAAGGUAUUCAAGAAAGCGACCUGGACGAGGAUCAAGAAACAGAUGGAGGAGAGGAAUGGGAGGUGGAAGGAUAUGAAGCUGUCGGCGGAGACGAGGACGAUGGCAGAGACCGGCCAGGCCUCGAGGUGGGCAACGGCGGGCAGCAGUGAACCUUGGCUGGCCUUUCACUUCAGGCAUCUACCAUCAAGGUGUUGGACCCGACAUUGUUGGUUGGGAGGGAACAGGCGUUCUACGGGCUGCAUUGGCAUCUAGACUUCUGAUACCCAUUAUCUUAGCUGCUAGUAGGUGACAUAUGGGGCGGUACCACAAACAACUGGGAUAGGCUGUUUCCGCGAGAUAUAGCAAUCGAGCCAGGUUAAGGCCCCUCCCCCCCUUGUGAUUGCGGGUCCUUGCAUACAGAUCUCACGACGCGGUUGACUGCAAGCAUAGGAGGAGACACAAUAUAAAUCAUGCAAGGCAAUAUGACGCCGAAGAGGCACAGGGUCUCCUCACUCCCAGGUAGCUUGCCUUCUCCUGACACCAAAGGUUAAAUCAAGUUCUUGAGUAUUGUUUUCGGAGCUGGGGGGGCUAGAAGACACAGGCUACCUAGUUGCUCGAUCUGGU